AUGACACCAAAAAUUUUACGUGAAGCAGUUGAUAUCACUAUACACUCAACCUUGGGAAGCAAGUAUUCCAAGGCAAUAAAUUCCAUAAAUGAUGAUUUAAACUCGAGUUGUCGUCGUGUUCCUUUUGUAGAUUUGCAGGAAGCAACUAACAACUUUGAUGAGAAGUUUCACAUUGGGUUGGGUGGCUUUGGGAAAGUUUACAGGGGUGUUUUGCGUGAUGGAACAAAGGUGGCCCUGAAGAGGUAUAAGCGUGAGUCCUCACAAGGUAUUGAAGAGUUCCAAACAGAAAUUGAGAUUCUCUCUUUUUGCAGCCAUCCGCAUUUGGUUUCAUUGAUAGGAUACUGUGAUGAAAGAAAUGAGAUGAUUCUAGUUUAUGACUACAUUGAGAAUGGGAACCUCAGGAGCCAUUUGUAUGGCUCAGAUCUACCCACUAUGAGCUGGGAGCAGAGGCUGGAGAUAUGCAUCGGGGCAGCAAGAGGUCUGCACUACCUUCAUACCAGCGCAGUUAUACAUCGUGAUGUCAAGUCUAUCAACAUAUUACUUGAUGAGAAUUUUGUGGCAAAAAUUACUGACUUUGGAGUAUCCAAGAAAGGGACUGAGCUUGAUCAAACCCAUCUUAGCACCCUGGUGCAAGGAACUAUCGGCUACCUUGACCCUGAAUAUUUUUUAAGGGGACAACUGACAGAAAAAUCUGAUGUCUAUUCUUUCGGUGUUGUUUUAUUUGAAGUUCUUUGUGCUAGGCCUGCCAUAGUUCAAUCUCUUCCAAGGGAGAUGGUGAGUUUAGCUGAAUGGGCAGUGGAGUCGCAUAAUAAGGGACAGUUGGAACAAAUUAUUGAUCCCGAUCUUGCAGCCAAAAUAAGACCAGAGUCCCUCAGGAAAUUUGGUGAAACAGCGGUGAAAUGUUUAGCUUUGUCUAGUGAAGAUAGGCCAUCAAUGGGUGAAGUGUUGUGGAAACUGGAGUAUGCACUCCAAGAGUCUGUUAUUUAAGAUGAUCUUGACUGCAAGCAGUGGUGGAGCUAGGAUUUUCAUUAAGGGUUAUCAAAAUAUAAAGAAAUAAAUGCACGAGAAAGGCUGUAAUGUGCAUGUCGUUUUAGUUGUUUAGAAAGAAAAAAAAGUGAUUGGUGUAACACUAGUAUAUAUAUUUAUUAAAGCAAAAUUAACCUAUAUAUAAUGUAAUUUUCCAGCAAAGGAGUGCUGCUUGACACCCCUCGGGCAAGAGUAGCUCUGCCCCUGACUUCAAGUCUAUGAUUUCAGUCAUUUGAUGCUCAGAUCUGGAUGAUCUCAUCAAAUUCGGAUGAUCUCUGUGCUGCUGGUUUCUAGAAAUUGAUCAAGUCUGAUGGUUGAUAACUAAGUGAAAAUGGUGCAUACCAUCCUCAGGUGUUUGUUAAUUCCACUUUUGUUGGUGGAUCAUAUAAAGAUAUAUUUUUGUUUUUGUAAGUCUUCUGAGUUUUAUAUAGAAAGUUAACUUUGAAA